AUGACUGCGCAAGCUAAUACUAUUUCUGAAUCCAUUUACCAUGUUAUGCUCAUGGUCUCCCCGCCCAAGGCUUCAAGAGGGCAGAUUGAAAAGAUUCGCGUCCUAGGUACCUACACUUCUAUUGGAAAAGCCAAGGAUGCUGCCCAUCGUGGACUCUUCGACAGUGGGUAUGAACGGGAAUGGUUCUCGACCUUCGAGACAAAGCCCGAGGCGCUCGAAGAACUCGCAGCCUCGGAGGGAGUUGGACUUGCAGUUUAUGCUGUUGCGUCGGAUGGCACAAAGUUCAGACUCCGCAUAUCCACGUCUCCAAAUGACUUGGCGUUGAAGACUGAUAAUGAAGAUGGGCGGGUCGCAAUUCCUCUUUAUUAUGUGGUGCAGACGAAUGUUCCCUAUUGUAGCCACGAACGGAAGCCUACCCACGACACCCAUAUUGAAGGGGUAUUUAAGUCUUAUAAAGAAGCUGGUAUGGAUGAGAGAGACUGUGAAUUUGGGGAGAAUGUGGUGGUGCACGCGAUCGGUAGCAAUGAGGAGAAUUACUUCCUGAGCGUUGUGACGGGUCAGGAGCUCGAAAGUGUACGACUUGCUGAAGCAUCUCUGAAAAUAUGA